AUGGCGGACAACAAUAGUUGUCACGUUGACUGUUCACAGCCCCCCGGUCAGCUAACUCCUUACCCUGAUAUCUCUGGAACUGGUGUCUUGGUUGGAUAUACCGCUACUGCUGGGAUAGUCGUGUUGAUUUUAGUGUGCCAUUAUCACAUUGCAUAUGACCCAACAAAGAACCCAUUUGAAAAGAAGAUCGUUCCAGGCGCGACUACAUCUCAUAAUUUUCACCUCAUUCCACAACCGAAUUCACGAACGAAUCCACGACCAAAUCCAAUUGACGUUGCAUAUCUUAGCCUUCUUUCUAAGACCCUAGCAAGGCUAAGACCAAGGCUAAAUCUACCGGAAGCGAAGGAGUACCCUCGUUGUGUCCAGUCUAUGAGCGACCUCCAGAUCCUCACGGGUACAUCCAUUCUCAUCAGCGGUUAUGUCCAGUUGCAUUGCGGCCUUUCGGCUUUCCAUUGGCAAAUCAUCGUCUUUCUGGCUUGGUUCUCGAGCAUAACUCACCUUUCUUGUCUGACUUUCCUGCGUAACUAUCUGUAUAAUCGGCCUGCGGAACGGGCAUGGAGGCUGGUAGCAAUGUUUCUGAUGCUGGUAAUGUUGCUCGUCGCUAUGAUACCCACGGGUGCUUACAACUGGACGGAUUUCUACUACAGUGGUGAUGGUUAUCCAACUCCUGCGCCUAGCGACUAUGCGAUCUGCUACUUACGACCCGAUGGAAACGAUGACCAGUUGACCUUUGCGACGAUGGUGAUCUCUGUCAUUCUAUUGGCUCUAGGCUUCAUCUACCGAGUCAUCAGGAUGCACGAAUCACUGUCGGUAACCAUCGUUGGCCGUGCAAGGGAGUUCUGCAGUGAAAAGGCCCGUUAUGUCCUUCGUCGAAUAUACACAAAGUCGGGCAUGGAAACUUCGGGCUUGACAUUGAAUCGCUUUCUGUUUUAUCGCCCAAUCCUGGCCCUGUUUUUCACGGGUCGGGCGUUGCUGGACCUUUGGAAUUCCAUGUUCAUGGAGAUCCUUUGGAUGGUAGGAAGCUUUACUUGGGGUCUCAUCAGAUUAACACAAACACUCCAAAUAGACGAUCGUGGUUCUAGUGAUUGGUCUUUCGGUCAGGUCAUCUCUAUCGUCCUUGUUGGAGCUCCUUUGCUAACCAUCUUUGAAUCUUUCUUCGAAGGUACGUCCUAA